AUGCCGGCAUUAUGGAAGCCUGUUCACCAACAUGCCGGCAUUAUGGAAGCCUGUUCACCAACGUGCCGGCAUUAUGGAAGCCUGUUCACCAACAUGCCGGCAUUAUGGAAGCCUGUUCACCAACAUGCCGGCAUUGUGGAGGCCUGUUCACCAACAUGCCGGCAUUAUGGAAGCCUGUUCACCAACAUGCCGGCAUUGUGGAGGCCUGUUCACCAACAUGCCGGCAUUGUGGAAGCCUGUUCACCAACAUGCCGGCAUUAUGGAAGCCUGUUCACCAACGUGCCGGCAUUGUGGAAGCCUGUUCACCAACAUGCCGGCAUUGUGGAAGCCUGUUCACCAACGUGCCGGCAUUGUGGAAGCCUGUUCACCAACGUGCCGGCAUUGUGGAAGCCUGUUCACCAACAUGCCGGCAUUGUGGAAGCCUGUUCACCAACGUGCCGGCAUUGUGGAAGCCUGUUCACCAACAUGCCGGCAUUGUGGAAGUCUGUUCACCAACAUGCCGGCAUUGUGGAAGCCUGUUCACCAACAUGCCGGCAUUAUGGAAGCCUGUUCACCAACAUGCCGGCAUUGUGGAAGCCUGUUCACCAACAUGCCGGCAUUAUGGAAGCCUGUUCACCAACGUGCCGGCAUUGUGGAAGCCUGUUCACCAACAUGCCGGCAUUGUGGAAGCCUGUUCACCAACAUGCCGGCAUUGUGGAAGUCUGUUCACCAACGUGCCGGCAUUGUGGAAGUCUGUUCACCAACGUGCCGGCAUUGUGGAAGCCUGUUCACCAACAUGCCGGCAUUGUGGAAGUCUGUUCACCAACGUGCAGGCAUUGUGGAAGUCUGUUCACCAACGUGCCGGCAUUGUGGAAGUCUGUUCACCAACGUGCCGGCAUUGUGGAAGUCUGUUCACCAACGUGCCGGCAUUGUGGAAGCCUGUUCACCAACAUGCCGGCAUUAUGGAAGCCUGUUCACCAACGUGCCGGCAUUGUGGAAGCCUGUUCACCAACAUGCCGGCAUUGUGGAAGUCUGUUCACCAACGUGCCGGCAUUGUGGAAGUCUGUUCACCAACGUGCCGGCAUUGUGGAAGUCUGUUCACCAACGUGCCGGCAUUGUGGAAGUCUGUUCACCAACGUGCCGGCAUUGUGGAAGUCUGUUCACCAACGUGCCGGCAUUGUGGAAGCCUGUUCACCAACGUGCCGGCAUUGUGAAAGUCUGUUCACCAACGUGCCGGCAUUGUGGAAGUCUGUUCACCAACGUGCCGGCAUUGUGGAAGCCUGUUCACCAACGUGCCGGCAUUAUGGAAGCCUGUUCACCAACGUGCCGGCAUUAUGGAAGCCUGUUCACCAACGUGCCGGCAUUAUGGAAGCCUGUUCACCAACAUGCCGGCAUUGUGGAAGCCUGUUCACCAACGUGCCGGCAUUAUGGAAGCCUGUUCACCAACGUGCCGGCAUUAUGGAAGCCUGUUCACCAACGUGCCGGCAUUAUGGAAGCCUGUUCACCAACAUGCCGGCAUUGUGGAAGCCUGUUCACCAACGUGCCGGCAUUAUGGAAGCCUGUUCACCAACAUGCCGGCAUUGUGGAAGCCUGUUCACCAACGUGCCGGCAUUAUGGAAGCCUGUUCACCAACAUGCCGGCAUUAUGGAAGCCUGUUCACCAACGUGCCGGCAUUAUGGAAGCCUGUUCACCAACGUGCCGGCAUUAUGGAAGCCUAUUCACCAACAUGCCGGCAUUGUGGAAGCCUGUUCACCAACGUGCCGGCAUUAUGGAAGCCUGUUCACCAACAUGCCGGCAUUAUGGAAGCCUGUUCACCAACGUGCCGGCAUUAUGGAAUCCUGUUCACCAACGUGCCGGCAUUAUGGAAGCCUGUUCACCAACGUGCCGGCAUUAUGGAAGCCUGUUCACCAACGUGCCGGCAUUGUGGAAGCCUGUUCACCAACAAAGACCCUUCAAGACGUCUAUGCCGUAUCGUGGGGUCCACCGACAGCAUUAUGUAAGUCUGAUUGA